UGUCCGAAAAAAAAAAGAAAAUAAAAAAGAGAGAACACUUUCCCUUUUUGAGACUGUUCCUUCCACCAGCUUUGGAGAGCUUUGUUAUUCUGCCGCAACCAUGACCUCUCACUCGUCCUCCUUUGGCAUAUUCACUCGAGCCUUGCCGCUUCUCUUCCUUUGCUUUCUAUCCACUCCAUUCCAGGUUAUCUCAAGCAUUCAUGCACAAAUCGCUCCAAUCCCUAAUACUCGAAUGCCAUAUGCACAAGUGGGAUCAAAGUUUUAUGUCCAGAGCGGUCCACGCUCUGCUAAUAACACAUCGGUUUUCUCGUUAGAUCUUACAACAUCAUGGUCGGUCGAUACACCUGCUUGGACAGCUGAGGCUUUCGGCGAUAUCCCCAAUGACCCAGAUAGUUGGGCAGUAACCGAUGAUAGAUCCUUAGUGAUACACUACCCGAAUAAUGGAACCUUUAAGCGAGUCAAUAUUACUAAUCCCAAUGCACAAUGGAGAACGAUUGACUUUUUUUGGACUCAGCAGUGCCUUCACUUUGCACAUGAGAUUAGUAUGGAUCUCAGGACCGGAUGGACGUAUACCUUUUCCAUGGAUUUGCCAACGAGCAUGUGUGUGGACCAAAGAAUAUCACAGUCUCCAUACAUACGUCGGAUUCCCGAUGACUUAUUUGGGCAGAGAAUGAUUCAUGGUGCUGUCUACAACAGUGCCAGGGCAUCAUUCAUGUUAGGGUACAGGCGAUUAAUGGACAAUGUCUGGGGUUACCUUUUGGAAUACUCGAUCGAUACCAAUUCAUGGUCACUGUUUAAUGUAAUAGAUGCAAAUGGGACCAAGAUUGCUGUCUUUGGAGGCAUUCCCGGAUGGGCGGAACCACCUACUCCUGAACUAUAUGUGCUGGAUCUUAAUUCGAAAGAGUGGAGAAAGGCUCCUAAUGCGACUUCGCCUCGCAGCUUUCCUGCUUGUGCCCUGGUUGGGGACCAAUUCAUAAUCUGGGGUGGCCAGAAUACUAAAAACCCAAGUGGUGAUGGAUCAAUGUUGUUAUUCGAUCUAUCCAAGUUUGAAUGGGUUACAACUUAUACACCUCCGAGUUACCUACUGCCCACCAAACCGACUACCACCGCGCUCCUGCUCCGACGAAGAAUGAAUCUUCAAGUAUUAAUAUUGGAGCCAUUAUAGGAGGGGUUAUCGGAGCCUUGGCUGCUAUAGCGACUGUUGCAGGAGUGUUCAUUUACAGGCGGCGGAGACAAAAGAACCAGAAGAGCGAGAUCCCUGAAGCGAAAGAUGUCAAGCAAGGACAUGCUCCGCCUGAACACUAUGGCAAGCAAGAGCAUGGCUUAAUGGAAGGAGUGUCCGAAGAUUAUGGCAAAACUCCAGUUUACAGUCCUCAGCUGGUUAAUGUCAGCUCGCGCCAUCCUCAGCAAACGCCUAUUCUAGGUCGGGAUCCUCAUGGUGAGCCUACUCCAGAAUACGAGGGUAUAGAACAGCGAUUAGAACAACCGUCCAUCUGCACAUAAAAAAAUAAAAAGUCGAUAUUAGAUGAGUAA